GGAUAACAAGUACAAGAAUUAAUUGGAGCAUGGAGGGGUAAAAGUGAAAAUAGCACAACAAACGGGAACGGGUUUUCAUUUGCCCACCUUUCCCUUUUAUCUUUCAACUGACGUUUCCUUCUCCACAAAAUCCCCCAAUUUUUCCAACCCUAGCUGCCGCAAAUCGUCAUUUCUCGUGCUCAUCCUCAUCAAUUUCCGACACCGAUUCAGAGCAGGAUGGAUGAUACCUGUGCUGUGUGUGCUGAGAGUCUCGAAUGGGUUGCCUACGGAUCUUGUGGACACAAGGAGGUUUGUUCCACAUGCGUUGCUCGUCUUCGGUUCAUCUGUAGUGAUCGCCGCUGCUGCAUCUGCAAAUCCGAGUCCACGCUCAUCUUUGUUACCAAGGCUUUAGGGGACUACACUAAGAUGAUAAAUGACUUCUCGGUCUUCCCUUCUGAAGAUAAGGAGGGUCGAUCUGGCUCAUAUUGGUACCAUGAAGACACGCAGGCUUACUUUGAUGAUUUGGAUCAAUACAAAAUGGUCAAGGCCAUGUGUAGGCUUUCUUGUAGCGUUUGUGACAAGGUGGAGGAGAACGGCAGUAAUAGCUCCAAGAGAAGAGCUAGGUUUCGUAACAUCGAUCAGCUUAAGGGUCAUUUGUUCCACCAGCAUAAGUUGCUAAUGUGCAGCUUGUGCCUGGAAGGAAGGAAGGUGUUUAUUUGUGAACAAAAGCUUUAUAGUAGGGCGCAAUUAAAGCAGCAUAUAAACACAGGUGACUCUGAAGUUGACGGAACUGAAAGUGAAAGAGGUGGCUUCAAGGGGCAUCCUUUAUGUGAAUUCUGCCGGUCACCGUUUUACGGGGAUAAUGAGCUCUACACCCACAUGUCUACUGAACAUUAUACCUGUCAUAUAUGCCAAAGACAAAAUCCUGGUCAAUAUGAAUAUUACAAGAAUUAUGAUGACUUGGAGAUUCAUUUCCGCCAAGAACAUUUUUUGUGUGAGGAUGAGGCUUGCCUUUCCAAGAAGUUCAUUGUUUUUACAUCUGAAGCUGAAAUGAAGAGGCACAAUGCACUAGAGCAUGGAGGCCGGAUGUCACGAUCAAAGCGGAAUGCGGCUCUGCAGUUACCAACUAGCUUCAGAUAUCGGCGAAGCAAUGAACAAGAUAACCGGCGUGGAAGAUUUCAACGUGAUCUAUCUGAAGAUGAACUAUCUCGAGCAAUUGAAGCCAGCCUUGAGACAGCUAAUGUAAAUGGCAGAUUUCUAGACUCAUCAUCCUCGAGUUUGCCUGUGGCUUCUGAUCAUACUAGCAUCAAUGGUAUUGAUCCAUUGAUCCAGCCAUUUGAAGCACUGGGCACAGAAUCUGACCCAAGGUAUCUCAUGGCAGUGUCACAUAGGCCAAGAAAUGCGCCACUGGAGGAGUCCUCCUUCCCACCGCUCUCCUCGGGUCCUGGUGGUAGUACCCAAAGACCCAUACAUGAUGCUGAAGGUUUACCGAGGAACACUAUGGCAGACAAUCUUCGUCGACAUAGCAAAAAAAAAGUCAAUGUUCUCAAUACGGCUCAAGCUUGGCCUGCAGCAACCCGUUUUAAUAAUCCACCGGCAUCAAGUGCAGCUUCUAGACCUGCAAAUACCUCACAUGGAUCAUCAGUGGUGCCUGGGCAUGGUAAGUCGGCAAUCAACCAGAGAUCUGCAGCCUCUAGUCAACCAAGUUCUCUCCAAGUCCUGCCUUCUGUUGGGUCGUCAACUUCUAGCAGUCGGAACAGUACAAGCAGAAUCGGCCAUUCCUCAUCAGCCCCAAAUCUGGUUGAUACUGUUUCUGUGUCUGAUUUUCCUCCCGUUUCAACAUUGCAGGCACGCAAUCCGCCUGCAAGUGGGCAGGUUACAAGAGGCACAGGAGAUGUUUAUACUGCAAACAAGACGAUGGUAGAAAAAAUUCGUGCUGGUCUGGAUAAUGAUCAAGAUAAAUAUGCUGCUUUCAAGGACAUUUCUGCAGAAUAUCGGCAAGGCGUGAUUGAUGCAGAGAUGUAUCUGGUGUAUGUGGAGCAGUUUGGAUUGUCUCAUCUUGUUCUUGAGUUAGCUAGGCUCUGUCCUGAUCCUCGUAAGGAGCAAGAGCUCAUUGCAGUCUACAAUGCCAAUCAAAGUAUGAGUGGGCAGAAGAGAAAUGGUCAGAAGAAUGGCAUGAACAACAGUAAAGGAAAGUCUGUGGUUUCUGGCAACAACAAGCUGACGGAUAGCAUCUUAAGCAGUGUUAGGGAACUACAAUCAAACUAUAGGCCACCAGAAGAGGAGGUGGAGACGCUAUCAAAGGAUGGGUACCGGGCAGCUAAUAAAGGAAAAUUGAAGUUGGAAGUUGAUGAUCGGACAUCACCUGGUAGUGUUCCAAGGCCAAAGAGUGAAGGUGGUGGUGAUGGAGAAGGGAGAAGUAAGCCGCAGCAGCAACGGAAGAAAACAUCAAAGUUUCACAGGGUUCGUCUUGGUAAUGGGUCGAUGGCCUCAAUCCUUGACCUGACAAAUUCCAAUGCUGGUUCUGAUUCCACCGAGGCAUCAAAUGGAAAUGGGAAUGAGGACCCUGGCGAUGGGGUGCCUGUGCGUGGUGUGUGGCGCAAUGGUGGAGGUCAUAGGUUAAUUGUGAAAGAUCAGAGAAGACCUUAAGUUUUAGCGUACCAUGGAACCAAAGGAUGAUUUUUGAUGGGAUAUGAAAGAAAGAAUAUACAUAAGUUGUUAAAACAGCCAGCCAACCAACCAACCAACCAACCAACCAAAAGUGUUGAUAGACGAAGUUAGUUUUGUAUUUGAAGUUGCUGGGUGUUUUGUUUGGUUUGCGAAAUUGCACAGUAUUUCAAAGUUUUGGUGUUUGAUUUCAUCUCAGGUGCAAUAAAAAUAUCUAAUGAUGGGUUGUUA